UCAAGAUCCUCUCUCUCCCACACCUCUCUCUCCCACAGUCGGAUGAGAACUCAAUUCUCACCGGCCUACAAACACCAACCACCAAACCAUACCCCUCACCGUACCUAACACCCACACCCACCAACCCACAAUGUCAACCGACGACCUCAAGGCCCACGCGGCCUCCAACCAAGACUUCUACGCCCUCCUAGACAUCACCCCUGGCGUACAAGAGACCGAAAUCCGACGCGCCUACCGCCGCACAGCGCUCAAAUACCACCCGGACAAGAUCGCCAACCCGACCGCCUCCGACAUCGACAAGUUCCACCUCCUCCAAAUCGCCUACGAUGUACUCUCGGACCCCGCCGUGCGCCAGCUGUACGACAAUGCGCGCGAGGCGCGCGUGAGGAAGCAGCGCGAGCGGGACACGAUGGACGCUGCGAAGCGGAAGAUGCGGGAGGAUCUGGAGGCAAGGGAGCGCGCGGGCGCUGUGCCGGGUGCUGGUCAGCAGCGCGGGGUCAAGCGGUCGUGGAUGGGGGCUGAGACCGCCGCCGCUGAUGAUGACGCGGAGGAGAAGCUGCAAAGGGAGAUUGAUCGCAUUGCGCAGGAUGGGCGGCGGAGGAGGCAGGAGGCGGCGGAUAAGUUGCAGCGGGAAGUGGAUGAGGAAGAACGCGCUGCGCAGCGUGAGGCGGAGGAGGCACAGCGCGCCGCGGAUAGGAGCAGUCAGCGGGUGGAUAGGUCGCGGGAGGGGGGCACGAAUGUGCCGGAGCUGGAGCGCGCAGUCAAGGUGCGCUGGGUGCGGGAGGGGCGUGGGGUGGAUCUCGAUCGGGAUCGCUUGAUGGAGCUGUUUGAGCCGUUUGGGAAGAUCGAGAGCGUGGUGCUUCUCAAGGAUAAGAGGCAGCGGAUUGGGGAGAAUCGGGAGAAGAAGACGAUCGCGACGGGAGUGGUGGUAUUUGCGUCCAUAGUCAGCGCCCACACUGCUGUUCUGGAUAGCGAGAAGAAAAGGCGCCAGGCGGAGAGCGACUGGGCCGUGGUGAACUCGGUCUUCUGGGCAUCUGGUAACCAGCCGGAUCUGGCAUCAGAGGCUACCCCCGCAGAGACACGCAGCCCUUCUCCCGCGAAGACAAACCGAAACCCUAUCCCACAGUCAGCUCCCAAGCCGAGCUUCAAUUUCCCAGGUCUCAAGUCAGCAGGGUCGAACGGGGCCGGGCAGAAGCCCGGAAAAGCCCCGUCAUUCGCUUCAUUCUCUUCCGCCGCCGCUGCUGCAAGCUCCAAGCCCACAGAUCAGGACUCCCGGUCUGCCAGUCCGAGCAGCUUAAGUCUGGAGGAGGCGACCCUGAUGCGACUGAAGAAUGCGCAGCGGGAAAAGGAGCGCAAGGCGCUCGAGGAGCAGAUCAGCAGAGAAGAUGAAGCCGCUGAUGCGGCGGAGGCUGCUGCUGCUGGAGCACGGAGCUAG